UAUGAUCAAAUUAACAACAACGAAGGCAUGGGAAAGAUAAUGACAGAAAGUGCAGCUAGAGUUACGUUAUUGUUAAUGGCCACAUUGGCCAUUACUGUUCCAUGCCUCGUCGACGCUAACAUUGGAGAUUUUGACGAUUAUCUCCGAGAAAAAGCUAAGCAGGCCCGGAGAGUGGCUCUUGAAGCAUACGAACCUAACCCUUUGAAGGUCACGUCAGAGCUCAAUAUGCAUGUCCAUCUGGCGAUGAAUGAGGCCAAAAACAGCAGUAGAGGGAGGGACUUGAGCGAGAAGAGACACAAAGGACCGUGCUUGACCACCAACCCAAUCGAUCGAUGCUGGAGAUGCGACAAAGACUGGGAGAAGAAUCGCUUUAAGCUAGCCGAAUGUGCCAUGGGUUUCGGCCGCAAGACCACCGGCGGGUUGGGCGGUAAGAUCUAUGUCGUCACAGAUUCUUCCGAUGUCGAUGUAGCUAACCCGAAACCGGGAACUCUGAGGUACGCGGCGAUCCAGAAGGAGCCAUUGUGGAUCAUAUUUGCGCACAGCAUGGUGAUUAAGCUGAAACAGGAGUUGCUGGUGAAUUCCGACAAGACAAUCGAUGGACGAGGAGCCAAUAUUCACAUAAAAAGCGGUGGCGGCCUCACCCUGCAAUUCGUGAAGAACGUCAUCAUCCACAAUCUUCGCAUUCGCAAUAUCAAAGCAAAGAAGGGAGGUCUGGUGAGGGAUGCUCCGGACCAUGUCGGGUUGAGAACCAGAAGCGAUGGCGAUGCCAUCAGCAUCUUCGGAUCCACCAACGUCUGGAUCGAUCACAUCUCGAUGUCCAACGCCGACGACGGGCUAGUCGACGCCAUCAUGGGUUCCACCGCCAUUACCAUAUCAAAUUGCCACAUGACGAGACACAACGAUGUGAUGCUGUUUGGAGCAGGAGACGUGUAUCAACAGGACAGGGUGAUGCAGGUAACGGUGGCGUUCAACCACUUUGGGAACGGAUUGAUACAGAGGAUGCCGAGGUGCAGACAUGGGUGGUUCCACGUGGUGAACAACGACUACCAUAACUGGAUAAUGUACGCCAUCGGAGGAACGGCGAAUCCGACCAUACUCAGCCAAGGAAACCGGUUCAGUGCUCCGAACAACGAAGCAGCGAAGCAGGUUACAAACAGAGUGAGUGCGCCGGAAUCGGCGUGGAAAAACUGGCGGUGGCAGACGGAGCAUGACGAGUUUGUGAACGGAGCUUUUUUUGUACCGUCGGGAACACCUAUAACUGAAUCUAAAUUCGACAAAGAGGGUUUGAUACCACCCAGACCAGGGAUUGAAGCUCCCGAACUUGCGCGCUUUUCGGGUCAGAUCAAGUGCAAGGUCGGCAACCCUUGUUAGUAUAUUAUCUUUGUUUGAAGAAAAUGAACAAAACAGAUAGGAUUAAUCCUCUAGCUAGGACCAAUUGGAGCUUUAGACUCACAGUACUUAGUUGAAGUUUUUAUUUUAAAAAGCUCCGUCUGUUUUAUUUUGAAACGAAUGUAUUUAUUUAUCUUUGUUUACAAUUAGCGUAACCAUUUUUGUGAUUCUAGCGUAUAUUUCCAUGUACU